AUGGCAACCUUCGAGAAUGCCAACUGGCAUAAUGCCAAUGGGAGCGGGUUGCCCUACCGACGUCCGCCCACGGUCAAUGAGGCGCUUGCCCACUCGCCCUUCACUUCUAUAAUCCCCUUCUCGCCAGACAUCAUCCCCUUCCCGUCUGCUGAACCCCCAACUCCGCCCUCUACCUUGACCCCAGAUCAACAGAGAGCGGCGGACAAGGCUGUGGGCAUCCUGAACGACGAGAUCAAGGGCCAGUCUACUGCGCACCACCUAAACGACACUCUCAACCAGCUUCGAGCGCUUCUGCAACGCGACAAACUGCCCGAAUACAACUUCAAGCCAAUGCCGCAGCUGCAAACGCCCCCACCGGACAGUCCUACCACAGCGACAAACUCGAGCUAUGAACUUUCGUUAAGCCCCUUUGCGACCAUACUCUUGAAGAGGACGGAUGUGAGCUUUGCUCCAUUCGGUGUCAGGACACCCGCACGGCAGGCUACUCCCUCACACCAGGCUCGGGGUGCCGCCCAGCUCCCACCCGCAACGCCAAACGGCAAUGCCUACGCACAAAACGCGAACCUUCCGUAUCCGUCCAGCGCCCUCUCGUAUGCCCCCAGCAGUACCCCGGACCGACCUCCAGGACCAGCGGUGAUGAUAAAGCCCAAAUCUGUCCGCCGCCAAGAUUACAAACGCUACGAUAGCAUUAACACGCCUGAGAGCUUGUCACAGAAAACGAAGGAUAGUCACCAGAAUGAGAGUGGUGCUACCGUCCUAAGACCACAUGAGCGAGAGAUUGCAGACCGGAAAGUCGAGGAGCUCCAAUCACUAGUGACAAGUCUGUCCGAGGACCAGGACGACGUUGACGACUCUUCGAAUUUUACCAGAGUCACCACUGCCGAAGGCGAUGCUAACGUCUUGAACCCGAGACCCAUGGGCGUUCUUUCUGAGAAAAUGUCCAACGUAGUCAACCUCGGUCGAUUUGAUGCCCUUUCGGUAGAGCUUGUCAUGCAGAUCCAGUCGCUUCUGUAUCCGACUGUCACGACUACUACUAAGAAUGGUCUCUUCCCACAAGAUGAAGGUACACCAGAACUAUCUGAAAGCAUUGAAACCGCCAAGCUCGCGCUCAAGGCAUCCAAACUCCUGCUAGACACAAUGAUUAAAGGACGCGACGAUUACCGGAUGCGCCGUGAAGAGAUGAUCGAUAUCAUCAUCGACUUCGUCAAGUUAAUCAAGGAUGCAUGCAUCGUUCCUAUUGUUCGAUCUCGAAGGUCUGGGGCCUCGGAAGAUCUUUUCAGCGCGGCAUCAGGUCAGAAGAUGGAACUCCAAACGGUUCUUUCGUUGUGUGGAAAUAUUCUAAGCUGUUUUGCGGCCUUAAUCGGCAAGUGCAAUCUGUCGGAUCGAGCACUACAUACUCUUGAAUACCUCACCCUGGAGGUUCUUGUAGAGCAGAACAGCGACCAUGAAAAAGAUGCGGUGUUUACUAUUGCGAAAUUUGAGCAGUUCCGCCAGAAGGCUAUGGAUGUCAUCGCCCAGAUAUUCGCCCAGCACAUCGGACAGCAGCAAUCGAUUCUGAAUGGCAUAUUUAGCAAUUUGGAAAAGUUGCCGGACAAGAAGGCGAGCGCCAGGCAAUUCAAGUCCGCACGAGAAGCACCUAUAAUGACUAUUUCGGCACUCUUCAUGCGAUUUGUGCAGGUGGUCGCAACGAAUAGAGAAUCCGAGCCCGCCAUUACCACUAAUACAUCUCUUGAGGAGGAGCUCAGCGACUACGAGCCGGGGAUAUCUGCCUCAAAGAGGGCAAGGAAGCGAAGUGGCAGCGACACGCCAAUUCAGAUUGCCCAGAAUCUAACCCAUAGCGCCAAUCAGAUCGCUGGACGCAUAACCAUGUUCCUCUUCGACAGGGCGUCGAACGUCUCAAAAACAGGCGACAAGCCGUUCCGGAACCUUUUAGAUCUUUUCAUCGACGACUUCUGUCAAGUCCUUGGUUCCCCCGAGUGGCCAGCUGCUGUCGUGCUUCUUCAAGGGCUCCUGGUACGCACGCGCAAUAUAUUCAAACGCGAGCAGGCAGCGAAGCAAUCGGUAGUCGACAAAGACAUGGCCCUUACCACCAUGGCUAGGAUAGGAUGCGGUGUCAUCGACUUCAAGCACCGUUUGACAAAGUUGAAGCGCGGACUGGAUAUCUCCCAGUCUGAUUUAUCGUCCAGGUUGGACCGUCUGGUCGACGAUGCCAUCGGUAAUGGUCCACAGGAGAGGAUCAACGACCUGGAUCUGCUCGCCUUCGAUGGCCCGUAUCGAAUAAUUAUCGAGUCGUUGAGCGGAUAUUUAAAUCUACGCUCAAACCCAGAAGACCCCCACCUUCAGUCUGUGAGCGGUUUUUAUGUUAGCUCAUGGCUAGCUGCAGUCAGCCAAGCUUUUCCUGCAGAGGAUGAGGAUGGCCGCCCUCAAACCGCGAAAGACGUCCAACAACACUUGGAGUCCAUAAUCCUGGAUCCUAAAUGGCUUGCUCGAAAGUAUAAGUUCCAGACAAUAUCAGACGCCCAGUGUAAACUUGCAGCUGGUAUCGUGACGUUGCACAGUAAAGUCUGCAAAUUCCUCCCAACCAUGGUCAACAUAAUGCUCUCUUGUGCUGAAGAUAAACAUUCCCCGAAACUUCGGUCAAGAGGAAUCACGGGCCUGGAGCAGUUGAUCGUCAAGGAUCCCGGGGUAAUAUCCGAGGGGCAUGUCAAAACAAUCGCUCGCUCACUCUCAGCCACAUCGCCAAUGGUCCGCGAGAGCACCCUCUCUUUAAUCUCCACCUGCUUGCAACGAGAGCCUUCACUGCAACGUCAUUUUCUUACCAACAUCCUCCGCCUGACAAUCGACCCAUCGAAUGGCCCAAAGAAGAGGGCUAUCAAACUGCUAAAGGAUAUAUACUCCGGUCCUACAUCAACAGAUAUCAAGCUGCAGAUCGCCACUUCACUGCUUUUGGCCUCACAGGACGACGAAACCUCCAUAUCUGAUUUGAGCCGCAACGUCCUCGAAGAGAUAUUGCUAACGUCUGUAAGCUGUAACGCGAAGACCGACGAAAGCCGGCUCAAACUUGAUCGCGCACAACGUGUUACGCUCAUGGUAGACAUCAUCGAGUCGAUACAGUCGAGCACAGCGCAUUUGGAGGCCUUCGAAAAAUUCUUUAUUCACGCCCUAUCACCUGAUGCCAAAGGCCCGAUCGCGAAUCUAAGAACCUGCAAAGAGCUUGUUGCUCUCAUGAUCGAUGGGGUCAUUGACCCUGGGUCUGGGUCGGAUGUGAAUUCGCAAGGCCGCAUUCUAGAUGCUCUUAGCAUCUUCGCUAAGGUCGAAUCGGCUCUUUUCACGAUAGACCAGGUCCAACUCCUGAAAUUAUACAUCAAGGAAAUCGCCAACUCCGAAGAUGUCUCUCUUGUGCGGCCAACAGUCGUUAUUUACCGGCAUGUACUUCCGACUCUCCCUUCUCUCCAAUACGCUUUUACAGAAGAGGUGCGGAAAGGUCUGAUGAAGAACGUUAGCAAAUUGGCGAUCGGUGCCUCGCAGGCGGUGCCUAGAAGCAGAGAGACACUCCUUGAAGUCGCUCACUGCUUGCGGACUAUUAAUGCAAUGCCUGGUAUGGGCCCAGGGGAUUUGUGUAAUUGCACAGCUCUCGCCCUCUGCCAGUUACGACCACUCCUUGUUGAAUCUGUCGAAGAGCGCACGGCGCUGCACCAUAGGAUAACUUCGUAUCUACUUGUCCUUGGCACUUUCGGGAAAGUCUUCGAUUUCGAUGAAUACAUCGAAGUGUUUCGGAGCAAAAUUGCAUCCAUAGCAAGCGGUCUUAUCAGCAAGAGGGGGGUUACUGAGAAGCAAUUAGAGCCUCUGCUUAACGGGAAGGCGCUGGCGUCACGCCUUUUCUUGGACACCGUUCUACCUUUUACGACGCAGACUUGGAACCUGAGCAUACGAGAGCACGCUUUAGGAAGCCUAGGUGGAAUAUGUCAGCAGUCGCCGCUGUUCUUCAGGAGACCAGAGGUCGAGAAAGUGAUCAAGGCCGUCUUCGAUGGCGAGAGCAACGACCGUCUAAAACUGGUCGCCCUGACUUUCUUCAACGACUAUUUUAUAUUCGCUGAGCGGCGCUCCGAUACUGGUGCACAGAUUGCGACCGGCAAAGGAGCUGUCAAUGAAUCAGCGCGUCUGGAUACUUCCUUCGUAGCCAACGAUGAAGAUAGUGCGACCGUGAUACUAGCUACGUUGUUCUUACAGAGCUUCAAAGAUGUCGCACUGAAUUACAACAACGAGCUCGCAUUGCUUGCCACCAAGCUCAUCGUCAGCAUCAGCCGGCAAGGCCUUGUUCAUCCGAAAGAAUGUGGCCCUACGCUUGUUGCUCUAGGGACAUCGCUCAAUGAGCACAUAGCAGAAGUGGCUUCUCUCGAACACAAGCGUGUCCAUGAGAAGCAAGAGUCAUAUCUAGAGAAAGAGUACAUGCAAGCUAUCCAGCUUGCGUUCGACUAUCAGCGCAACGUCUUCAAUGACUCGCACGGGAUGCUCGAAACAGGUCAGAGUCCCAAACUGGCUAAGCUGUUCGAGGCCUUGAAGCUUGGUAAGAAAGUAACUUUCAAGAAAUUUGUCGCCAAUGCCUGCAAGCAAGUCGACUUCGACUUGUCAAAGCUGGAUACGAGCGGUGCUAUACCGAAAGUCGUUCUCUUCGCUCGGUUCUGUUUAGAGAACUUAGCUUUGCUUGACUUUACACAUCUUGAGGAACUCGCAGUUUUUCUAAAUGCAAUGGAGGCAAUUGUGCUCAAGCACACUGGGCCUAUAGUGGCCUUGGCUAUUGAAACCGAGAUGCCGAAGCAAUCCAUCUUCCCGCAGCAUGCGCCGGCCCAAGAUUUGCCCCAGCAACUUCAAGGACAUGAAGGCUUGAGCGGAGUGUUACCAGCGCCUUUCGAAUCGAUCCUCUCGAUCUCACAGGCUGCAAUCGACGAUGCUCGGUUGCGUCAAAUCACAACAGCAUGCAUGAUUCUCCAGAUGGCGUGGGAGACGCGAACCUUCGUCCGCCGCUGUUACAACCUGCACAAGUCCAACGGGCGUAUCCAUCAGAAAGAGUACGCCAAGCCUGCAAACCGCAACAACUUCGUCUCAGGCAAAGAGCUCCGAGAGCGCCUGACACCCAUUAUGAGUGCCCUCAACAACCGAGAGGCAAUGGUGAGGCAAUGCUACGACUUCGCUGACUUGCUGGAAAUCGACCGAGAGACUAGGAUCGGUGAAAGUGAGGACGAAAGUAGCCUUGGAGCUGGCUACGAAACACCGAACGAGGAUGGUGACGGCGCGAACGGUGCACCGUUUCCUACGAGUGCGCGGGGCAAGAAGAGAAAGAGCAAUGUGAGCUUGGGCAAUACGCCCAAAAAAUCGAGGGGUAGGCCGGUGGGAGCAAAAGGUAAGGGUAAGAGGCAUUCUAGGACGCCGGAUGACGAUGAUGAUUCGGACUAG